UGCCCUGGCCUCUCAGAGCCUCUUGGAUCCCCCACAGGGUAAUGGGUAUGCUGCUCACUGGACGGGCACUGUGAUCUCCUGGCCCUCAUAGUAUCCGACCAGUUCAGACUCACCAGUCUCCCUUGACCCCCUGCUGGUCAGAUCAGCUGCCAGCCCCAAGACCCCCACCAGCUGCAGCCAUGAACAACUGCAGACAGGACCAGCCACUCAGUGCCAGCAGCUCGGAGCCCCUCGAGGUCAUCAUCAUCGGCAAUGGUCCCUCAGGCAUCUGCUUGUCCUACCUGCUGUCCGGCUAUACCCCCUAUGUGAGGCCAGAAGCCAUCCACCCACACCCCCUGCUGCAGAGGAAGCUCGCGGAAGCGCCAGGGGUCUCCAUCCUGGACCAGGACCUGGAUUACCUGUCCGAAGGCCUCGAAGGCCGGAGCCAAAGCCCUGUGGCCUUGCUCUUUGAUGCCCUCCUGCGCCCAGACACAGAUUUUGGGGGAAACAUGGAGUCUGUCCUCGCCUGGAAGCACCAGAAGGAGCGAGCUAUCCCCCACGUGGUCCUGGGCCGGAACCUGCCUGGGGGAGCCUGGCAUUCCAUCGAAGGCUCCAUGGUGACCCUGAGCCAGGGCCAGUGGAUGGGGCUCCCAGACCUGCAGGUCAAGGACUGGAUGCGCAGGAAGAGAAGAGGUCUCCGAAACAGCCGGGCCACAGCUGGGGACAUCGCUCUCUACUACAGAGACUAUGUGACCAAGAAGGGUCUGGGCCACAACUUCGUGUCCGGGGCAGUGGUCACGGCUGUGGAAUGGGGGACACCGGAGCCCAGCAGCUCCGGGGCCCAGGACCCCAGCCCCCUCUUCCAGGUGAGCGGCUUCCUGACCACCGAGGACCAGGGCCAGCAGCCCUUUUCCCUGUGUGCCCACAAUGUGGUCCUGGCAACUGGCACGUCAGACAGCCCUGCCCGGCUGGGCAUCCCCGGAGAGACGCUGCCCUUCAUCCACCAUGAGCUGUCAGCCCUGGAGGCGGCCACGAGAGCAGGCACAGUGACGCCGGACUCGGACCCCAUCCUCAUCAUUGGCGCGGGGCUGUCAGCGGCCGAUGCGGUCCUCUUCGCCCGCCAUUACAACAUCCCCGUGAUCCACGCCUUCCGCCGGACCGUGGACGACCCCGGCCUGGUCUUCAACCAGCUGCCCAAGAUGCUGUACCCUGAGUACCACAAGGUUCACCAGAUGAUGCGGGAGCAGUCCAUCCUGUCACCCAGCCCCUACGAGGGCUACCGCAGCCUCCCUGAGCACCAGCCGGUCCUCUUCAAGGAGGACCGCCAGGCUGUGUUCCGGGACCCCACGGGCUUCCAGAAGGUUUUUGGCGUCUCCCUGGUGCUAGUCCUCAUCGGCUCCCACCCCAACCUCUCCUUCCUCCCGGGGGCAGGCGCUGACCUCGCCAUGGACCCCAACCAGCCACUGAGCGCCAAGAGGAACCCCAUUGAUGUGGAUCCCUUCACCUACCAGAGCACACAGCAGGAGGGCCUGUACGCAGUGGGUCCCCUGGCUGGGGACAACUUUGUGCGGUUCGUGCAGGGCGGGGCCCUGGCCGUGGCCAGCUCCCUGCUGAGGAAGGAGGCUAGGAAGCCACCCUAGCCCUUGGCCUGACAUCCUUGUACCCUAAAGAGAAGGGGAGAUCACCACAGCUCUGUUGGACACGCGAUGCCCCAGUGAAGGAAGGGGGGCCUCUCCUGGCAGGAGACAGGAGUGGCCAUGAGCCCAUGCAACAGGCUUCUCGGAUGGAGAGGAGCAGGGAACCAAGGCUGCCCAGACUCAGACCAGUGCCCACGGUGGGGACAGUGGCUGCAGGUCAGCGAAGGCCCAGACCUGUGAUUUGGGGUGAAAUCCCAGUGUGAGCAGGGAUGACCGGGGUCAGAUGAGCGUGGAGCCAGGAGGACUCCAGGCCACGCUCCUUCCAGAAUCAGGUCACAAAUAAAAUCAGUGCCUGCCUGCA